AACCCGGAAUUAUAUCACCUGUGGAAGCCGACCGUGAAACCGAAACAAGAAUUUUCUUCUCAUAUAAUGUUAACUAAGUCUUUAUUCGUGUGUUGUCUGCGGUUGUCAGGAAGAUAUUCAGUUCUCCGUUACUUUACAACAAAUUCUCUCUUGAAAUCGAAAUCUGCGGCAAAAUAUGCAAGGAAAUUCUUAGCCGGAGACAAUGGGAAAAAACGUAUAUGGCAUGACGGCCGGAUGAUGGCCAAUCCAGAAGGACUAAGCCAACCCCAGGCAAAAGGAGAAGGAAAUACACAUAGGCUACAAAUUCUAAAUAAAGUGUUCUUAGAGAAAAUCAGUGACAUUAUGGCAACAGGUGAAGUCUCUUCACAACUCUCUGGCCAUGGAGUGGAAAUAACAAAGGUGCAGGUACUGCCAAAUGUACUUGGCAUCAAUGUGUACUGGAUAUCUAAAGAACCCCACCUUGAUGACAUUGUUUCAAAAGUUCUUCAAGAAAAUGCCCCACGUCUUCGUCACGAGUUAAGCCAACUUCGGGUCUUGGGACAUGUACCUCGAAUAACAUUUGUUAGAGAUGAGAAAUUCUAUAAGGUGGCAGAAGUAGAAAAGCGUUUAUCACUCGCCGACUUUGGAGAAGGCUUUGAACCCACAGAUGCCACACAUUAUAUAAAAUCAUCCCUCACAGUCACAACAUUGUUGAAUGAGAAUUUAAAGGAUGCCAUUGCCAAGAUGGAAAUGGAAGCUGAGGGAUCAGAAGGGGCAGCAUGUGACAACUCACAAGCUGAGGAACUACCGCCAGAUUUACCGAAAAUGAGAAGUGAUGUGUUUAGCGUUGACACCGACAAAAUCUACGCCAUGGUACGGCAGGGAAUGGUGAGGGCUGAAGCUGCCCAUAGAAAAACACAGAAUCAGGAGAGCAGAAGUUUAGAUUAUACAAAAGCUGAAGACAGUCAGAAUAAUCUUGUCUCAAGAAUGGCGAAAUUAGACGCUGGGCCAGCCAUUAUAGAGAUAUGAAGAAGAAAGAACGAAGAAGUCAGAAUAAAGAGCAAAACAUUCUCCGUGUUCCACCUAAAUAUAUAUCAAAGGAAGUAGAAGACAUAAACCAUGUUGAAGAGAAUGAUUAUAUUGAAGAGGAUUUUGAUAUGAAUGAUUUUAAAUAUACUGGAUUUGAAAGAAAGUAAAAAAAUAUAUAUACAGUAAUCAUUAUCAUCAUAGAUAAUAAUACAAACUUUAUAUUCUCUUAAGUACUCUUUUGUAGAUAUGAGGACUACUUCCAUAUAUUUUAUUUAUUGUAAAUACAUAAUAAAAUCGCAUAGUAUCUA